GCUAAGCACAUUGUAAAUGUGAACUCUCUUAACCCUCACCAUACCCCAUGAAGUAGACGCUGCCAUUAUCCCAGUCUUAAAUCUGAAGCACAGAGAGAUCAAAUAACGUGCCCAGUAUCACUCCAGUAGUGGGUAGAGGUGCCGAGUUUGAACCCAGGUUUCAUUACUGAUGCCACUUGAGUUAAGGGACGAGGCUUGAGUGGAGCUUUUGAAGAGGGCUGAGCAGGCAUUUGUCAAACUUGUCAAGUAGAGGUAGGGCACCCUCCCUCUCCUUCUCCCCCCACCCCACAGACAGCAUUGCUUAUGGGCAGGUGCAGAGGUAGGCAGCCGGCCUUCACACUUUCCAGGAGGGGGUGUGGCUAAAUUGUAAAGUGCAAGGUUGAACAAGGGAGCUGGUGGAGAAGCAUAAGGAUAUAUUGUGUUUUUCCGGGGCCUGCAGAGAAAGCUUAAGGAGGCCGCUUCUUCCUGCAACUGCAAAGCGUGGUCCUUGUCUGCUCAGGAGUCUGGAAGUGAGCGGCGGCGGUAGUCGUAGAGGCCUUUCAAGUCCUUGAAAUCCUUAUUGGUCCUGCCGGCCAAGGGACUUUGGAAGAGGGGGCGGGGGUGGGAAAGGAAGCCGUGCAAGAUAAAGGGGAGGUGCAUUUUCAGAACCGGGCUAGCUCCGUCCUCGCUUUCGGACCGGCCGCGGGUGGUCUCUCCUGCAACUUCGCGAGCGGACCCCACGGCGGACCCCAUGGCCGACCACAGGUUCAGGCCCGUGUCCGGGGAGAAACCCUGCUGCGACAUUUCCAAAAAAGCCCGGAUCUGUCUCUGCGUGGUUUUCGGUCUCCUGGUCGUGGUGAUCAUCGCGGUGGUGGUGGGGAUCGUGAUGUGGCGCCAGCCGCCCCAGCACCAGGAGUGGAAGGGGGCGGGCACCACCGCCCAUUUUUACGAGAUAAUCCUCGGACGGUGCUACACCUACACCCAAAUCGUGCGACCCGAGCUGGGACAUAAAGAUUGCCAAAAGAUAGGGAAGGCAUUCACAAAUGCAUUUCUUUCUAAGGAUCCUUGCGGCAGCACGGCACAGGACUAUCAGCCAUUGAUGGAGCUGACGAAUCAAACUGUACCUUGUGACAAGACCCUCCUUUGGAGCAAAACAAAUGAGCUGGUGCACGAAUACGCAUGGGUCCAGCGGGAGCUGUUCACCCUCGAGAACACACUGCUGGGUUACAUGGCGGACGGCCUCAGGUGGUGUGGAGACCUAGGCUCUUCUGAAAUGAACUAUCAAUCUUGUCCAGACCGGAGGAAAGACUGUAGCAACAACUCUGUUUCUGUAUUCUGGAAUACUGUGUCCAAAAGGUUUGCAGAAGAUGCCUGUGGUGUGGUCCAUGUGUUGCUCAAUGGGUCCGUCCAUAACACCUUUGAUGAAAGAAGCACUUUUGCACGUGUGGAAGUCUUUAAUUUGCAUCCAGAGAAGGUUCAUACGCUACAGGCCUGGGUGAUGCAGGACAUCAGAAAUAUUUCCAGUGACUCGUGUUCGGAUGCCUCCAUUAAAAAUCUGAAACUGAUUCUAAGCAAAAGGAAUAUUACAUUUACCUGCGAGAAUAAUUACAGCAAUUUACCAGGAACUCAGUAGCUGGGUGUGCUGCCCUGAGAGGCAAUGAUUAGCUGGCCCUCAGCAAUCACUCACAAGGCACAGAAGGCUUUGAACUGGUCCCUGGCAGAGCAUUUAUCCUUGAACUUGAUUCAUAUACGUGCGCAGAGCCAUUCAUCCUCUGAUCGACGUGCAAACAGAACAAGGUAGUGAAAACCAUGGAAUUAACAGUGACCCAUUGGGCGAGUUUGUGACUUCUGUAAAUGCAGGCUCAAAAUAUACUUAUAACAGACAUGAAUAAAUUACACCAACAAUAAAAGAAUAAUACAAGGCUUUGUGGAGUUAUUCUUUUAAAAACAGUUAUUUCCACAAAUACCAGAAGAUCUGAUAUAUAUGUGGAAUCUAAAAAUGUCAGACUCCUGGGGUGCCUGGGUGACUCAGUUGGUUUGAGCAUCUGACUUCGGCUCAGGUCAUGAUCUCACAGUUCGUGAGUUUGAGCCCUGCGUCUGGCUUGCUGCUGUCCACACAGAGCCUGCUUUGAAUCUUCCGUUCCCUUCUCUCUCUGCCCGUCCCCUGCCCGUUCUCUCUCU